UCUUCAGCACUCCAUGAUGCUCUUCCACGCAGACAAAAGGGCCCUUAAAUCUCAUCUCAGACCCCUCAGUGUUCUGGUUUUCCAUCUCCUCCUAACACACUCCUGUAGAGGUCAGUCUCAGCUGAUUGGCUCCUCUCAGCCAAUAGUAGCAACACUUGGGGAUGACAUCAUUUUGCCAUGUCGUCUGGAGCCUGCGGAAGAUGUUACUGGCUUGACGUUGGAGUGGACGAGACCUGACCUGAACCCCAGAUUUGUCUACGUGUGGCGUUCUCAACAGGAACUUGUGGAUAAAAAACACAAGUCCUUUGAGGGAAGAACAUCACUGUUCGUCGAUGAGCUGAAGUUUGGAAACAUUUCACUGAGACUGUCCAAAGUCAAACUCUCUGAUCACGGAACAUACAGAUGUUUUAUUCCAGAAGGGGAAAGACAAACUUUUGUUCAACUAGUUGUUGGUGCCGUCUCCUCACCUGUCAUCAGUUUAGCAGGGGUUGAUAAAGCCAGCAGUGGAGUGGUGUUACAGUGUGAGUCUGCAGGCUGGUAUCCAGAGCCUGAGGUGUUGUGGCUGGACGGUGAGGGAAAGCUCCUCUCUGCUGGACCUACAGAGACAGUCAGAGGUCCUGAUGACCUCUAUACUGUCAGCAGCAGAGUGACUGUGGAGAAGAGACACAGCAACAGCUUCACCUGUAGAGUCCAACAGAGGAACAUCAACCAGACCACAGAGACACACGUCUCUUUGUCAGAUGAUUUCUUUAAGGCCCAGUACAGUUUUUCCAUCAUUACUGGUUUGGCUGUUAGUUUGGCUUUUUGGAUCGUCAUGUUUAUUGUGUUACUUCUGUUGUUUUUGUGGAAAUGGAGGCAAGACAUAAUCAAGACCAAGAGAAGCCAGUUUCAAUCUGGUGAAGACGAAAAGAAGAAGACUGAUAAACCUGUUGAUCAGUUUGUCAAUGAAGAAGAAAUAAAGCCUUUGAAGGAAGAAGUGGAAAAGAAGAGCAAACCGAUGCACAACAAUACUGGGGGCAGAGACAAGCACCGUGGGGCUGGUCCAGCUGCGCCUGUGAGGGGGAGACAGGCAGAGAGACGGAAAGAGAAGCCGGGGGUCGACUCACACAAGGUUUCUCAGCAGCAGCUCCAGGCGGAGCAGCAGAAAAGGAAGGAAGCUGAGGGUACAAUUCAGACCCUGAAAGAGAAGCUAGAGACCCAGAAGCUUGAGUAUGAAAGUAAAGAAGCUGAAGUCCAGCGACAACUGCAGAGCCUGAAGGAGGAGCUGGAGACCAAGAACAGGGAGCCUUCAACCCAGUUGGGAGAAAACAAAGUUGCUCAGUCUGUGUCUUUGCUUCCCUGGACAAUAAUCCAUAGACAGACACUUGAGAACGAGCAGCAGCGGAGAGAACAAGCUGAGAAACAAAUUCAGGACCUGAAACAGAUUCUGGAUAAAAAGAAUAAGGAGCUCCAUGAGGAGCAGCGGAGGAGGGAGGAGGCUGAGAAAAGAGUAAAGACCCUGGAAGAGGAGCUGAAGAUCAAAGAGGAUGAGGUCCAGAAACACCGUGUCCUCCUUGCUGGACAGCAAAAUACCACACACACAGGCAAAGGGAAUUUAAAGAAGCAACUUAAGAAGCGUGUCCAGAAGCAGCAGGGCAAGGAGGAACCUGAGACGGAGGUCCAGACCCCGAAGGGCAACAAAAAUGCCAAGACUAAAGACAAACAAGCUGAAGUCCAGCAGCUCCAGGAUGAGAAUCAGACGACGGAGAACAACCAGCAGACCCUGAACCAAAAGGAUCACAAUCUGACCAGACCAGCCAGUCAGGACUCAGCUGAGAAAGACAUCACUGUGGAUGAAGUCAACGUGGACGGCAAAUAUGUUCGUCUCAGCAACAACUCUGAAAAGGACCAACCAAUGGGAGACUGGGAAUUACAUAUACGAGUCAACAAAAGAAAACCAAUCAAAUACCAGUUUUACCCCUCAUUCAUACUGAAGGCUGGAAACGCUGUCACUAUCUGGGCUUCAGAUUGUGGUGUCAGCUGUGAGACCUCUACUGACCUGGUGUGGUUUGGCCAGAAGUCCUGGGGCACUGGAGAGGAACUGCUGGUCACCAUCUACAGCAACACUGGAGAGCUAGAAGUAAGGCGAAUGCUAGCGCUUCUGAACUCUCAGGGUAAUCCCCAGCAGCAGCAGACUCACCUGGUCAGUCAGGAUUCAGCCAUGGGAAACAUCACUGUGAGUGACAUCGACCUGAAGGGCAGUUAUGUUCGUCUCAGCAACACGUCCACUAAGGACCAACCAUUCAAAGGCUGGGAAUUACACAUAGAGGUCAACGACAGAAAACCCAUCGUGUACAAAUUUUUCUCCUCAUUCAUACUCGAGGCUGGAAACACUGUGACUAUCUGGUCUUCAGAUGAUCCUGGCAGAAACAAUCCUCCCACUGAUCUGGUGUGGUUUAGCCAGAAGUCCUGGGGCACUGGAGAAGAACUGCUGUUCAUCAUCUACAGCAACACUGGAGAGGAAAUGGUCAGGAUGUUGAAAACACCAAAUACUGCUGCUGUGUAAUCCAGGAAACUUUGGGUGGUUAGGUUGUAUUGGCGAUGAUGAGGAGUUUGAAGUGGAUACGCUGGGGGAUGGGGCACCAGUGGAAGCUUUAAAGGACGGGAGUGAUGUGAGAAGAUGAGCAGCAGAGUUGUGGAUACAUUCUAGUUUCUUAAGGAAAAUUGGUUUGCAUGGUUUGGAUGUUAUUUCAGUGAUGCAGUUGGUGAUGGUGGAAUUUAGUUAGUUUAGUUUUUUAGGUUAUUGUUUAUUUGACAGGGACAUCGCACAAUCAGCAAAAUUGCACCGGAUUUAGCUAUCAGCUAAUUCAUAUCUGUAGUCCCUGGGCAGACAGACAAAAAACAAAAUAAAAACAUAACAAUACAUAUGACAGAGUAAAACAUGACAAGUACAGGACUAAAUAUAAAACAUGACAAUACUUCUAACACAGCACAACAACAACAGAUAAACAGGAGUUGAGACAAAAUGACAGCACAACUAUGCAUGCAUAUGACACAACAUGACAGCACAUGACACAAAACCAGAAAAAAAGGAGUGAUGGCUUUGGUGGAGUUGUGGAGCUGAAUGUCGUUGGUGAAGCAGUGAAACUGGAGUCCAUGGUGUCGGAUUAUUUGACCAAAGAGGAGAAUGUACAGGAUGAUGAGGGGGCCGAGAACUGAACCCUGGGGAACACCUUGGGAGAGGGGAGCAGUGAGGGAUUUGCUGUUGUUUAUGCUGAUGAACUUAUGUCUAUUGGAGAGGUAGGAUUUGAGCCAGGAGAGGGCAGUGCUAACCUACUGUAUGUUUAUAUUUCACUGAAAAUAACAAUCGUCAUUAUUAAAAUAAAAUAUCAUUCUGAAAUGUCAUAUAUUAAACUGUAAACGGGGAAAAUAAGCUCAAAAUAUAAAAGUUAGUUAACAUAACUUUUGAAACUUUUAUCAAUGUAUUUUUAGUGAAUCUGAUUUGACUGCUAAAUGCUCCACUGAUUUCUUGAACACAAAUGUACAUUUACAGCAGGGUCAUGCCACAGCUGACCUCUGGAUCUUCUUCACACUGAAUAUAUUGUUUUGCCAUUCUACCUUUUGUAUCAUUUGUAAUUUAUAUUGGAUUUUUUUCACAUCAUCUUUUCAUAAUAAAGAG